AUGGCCCAGUCCCUGUGCCCGCCGCUCUCCGAGUCCUGGCUCCUCUUCCCGGGUUGGGGCCCGCCUCGGCCUCCGCCGCCCUCCGACAGGGACUGCGGCUGCUCCCCCGCCUCGUCCCCGGACUCCUGGGGCAGCGUCCCGGCCGGCAGCCCCGAGCUGAGCCCCGGACGGCCCGGCACCCACGCGGCCGCCGGGGCCCGGGGCGCAGGGAGGCGCGGCGCGCGCAGCAGCCGCCUGGGCUCCGGGCAGCGGCAGAGCGCCAGCGAGCGCGAGAAGCUGCGCAUGCGCACGCUCGCCCGCGCCCUGCACGAGCUGCGCCGCUUUCUGCCGCCGUCCGUGGCGCCCGCCGGCCAGAGCCUCACCAAGAUCGAGACGCUGCGCCUGGCCAUCCGCUACAUCGGCCACCUGUCGGCGGUGCUGGGCCUCAGCGAGGAGAGCCUGCAGCGCCGGCGCCGGCGGCGCAGCGACGCGGCGGUGCCUCGGGGCUGCCCGCUCUGCCCCGACGGCGGCCCCGCGCAGACGCAGGUGCGGGUGGAGGCGCGCGCCCAGCUUCUGGGCUCAGCCGCCAGCCCCUCCGCGUCCUGGGGGUCCCCGCCGGCCUGUCUCGGAGAACUAGCGGCGCCGCAGCCGCGCGACCCGCCAGUGCUUUAUGACGAGGCGGCGUGUUCGGAAUCGCAGGCAAUGGAGCCGAGCCCCUCGUCUCCGCUCUUUCCCAGCGACGUGCUGUCCCUGCUGGAGACCUGGAUGCCCCUCUCGCCCCUGGAGUGGCCACCGGCCUGAGUCGAAGUGACGACGUACAAUUGGCGCCCUGUGAGCAUCGAGGCCCUUUUGGCUUUCAGCACCUUCAAAACGGCCCCUCUCCAGACUCCCUUUCCUAGGAGAGGGCACCUGCGAUACUGGCAUGGGCAUUCCUGAGAGCGAGAGCCCGUCCCCACCCAAGACAACUCUCCCCAGCCCCUCCGGCAAUGGAGGAACCCAUACGUUGACCCUUGGAGGCAGGCAGGGGGCGCCUGCCUACUAUGUAUUUAUUUAUUUGUGAAUAAACUGUGCUGGUGUCAGUUGA